AUGGGAGGAUUAGGCUUCACUCCAAGCCAAAAGCCAGAAACCCAUGAUUUCCAAGUCGAGAGCUUGUAUAUGUCUGAAGAUGGGGAAGAAAUUUUCGAUGAAGAAACAUAUAUCGAAGAUAUUGAUAACCUUGAUAUACUUGAUAGAGAAGAAAAUGAUGACUUUCAGGAUGAGGUAAUUGCAGCAAAUGAUGUGAAACAAUUGACGGAAGAAGAACUAAAUCAUAUUCGGCCUUAUGUUGGGAAAGAGUUUGACUCACAAGAAGAUGUGUAUGAUUUCUACAAUCGGUUUGCAGGUAAUAUUGGAUUUAGUAUUCGUAGCCACUCCACAAACAAAUCUAGAGUUGAGCCAUUUGAAGUUAUAGGGCGCACAUUUUGUUGCUCACGUCAAGGACUUCGAGACCCUCGAGCUAAGCCUGUUGAACAAAGAAAAAGGCAACGAGCGGAUGUGAGGACAAAUUGCAAGGAAGUGAUGAUGAUAAAAAGGAAAAAAGAUAGAUGGAUUGUGUCUCGGAUCGUUGAAGAACAUAAUCAUAAACUUGUUUCUCCAAGCAAGAGACACAUUCUUCGAUCAUUGAGAAUCUUAAAUGAUAGCCAAAAACAGACAAUUACGAAUUAUCGAUUAGCAGGCGUCAAAACUAAUCAGAUGAUAGACUAUUUGGCAGUUGAGCAUGGCGGAGUUGCGAACGUUGGAUUUCUUUCAAAGGAUGCAAGGAAUUAUUUGAUUACAAGGCGACAGUUGGAACUAAAACAUGGGGAUGCUCAAGCUGUACUAGACUACUUUCAGCGCCAACAAAUGAAAAAUCCAUCUUUUUUCUAUUCAAUUCAAGUUGAUUCACAAGGUCAAAUGACUAACUUCUUUUGGUCAGAUGAUAAGUCAAGGAUGGAUUAUCUUUAUUUUCGAGACGUCGUUUGUUUUGAUCCUACGUAUAGUACAAAUAGAUAUGACAUGCCAUUUGUACCGAUAGUUGGAAUCAAUCAUCAUCACCAAACUGUUAUAUUUGGUGGCGCUUUACUUUAUUCCGAAAGUGAGGAGUCAUUUGCAUGGGUAAUGAAGACAUGGAUGAGGGCAAUGCACGGCAAAACACCAAAAGUUAUACUAACGGGUCAAGAAUCAGCUAUUGGAGGAGCAAUUGCACGUGUUCUACCAGGUGCUCGUCAUAUAUACUGCUUAUGGCAUAUUAGUAGAAAUGCAAUGAAAAAUUUAUCUAAUGUAACCAAAGAAUUUGUUUCGGACUUUUCCAAUUGUUUGUGGUUACAAGGGGAGAAGCUGAAAAUAGUAUGGAUUACGAAAUAA